CGUAAAAUCUUUAGACGUAGGAUAUCUCCCUUUUUUUUAAGAGAUUAAGAGGUCAUCGUAGCGUAAACCGUUGGGUGCGUUUUCUCGUUUCGUCUGCUGUACCAUUUUAUCUCGUCUUGUCUCAUUUCAUCUUAUCCGUCUCGUUUUAUCUCAUCUCGUCUGGUACGGUCAGAUCUCGUUUCCCUCUCUUUCUCUCUUGCUCUGUUCAACACCCUCUGACGACUCCACCUCGCACCGGCAGUGUCAGUAUCGACUGGGAUUCGUUGGAGUAGGGGGGUUGGAAUGAGAGAGACUGCGAAACAAUUGUGCCGGGGGAUGAAGAAGGAUGGAGAGAUGAAAUAGGGGGAAGAGACAAGAGGAGAAGAUGAAAAGAGAGAAGGGCUCUCGUUGAUUCUCGGAAAGGCUCGUACGUUGCCGCCUCGAGGUUUCCACAUGGUCUCGUAUUAGCAGGAGCGGCUCUCGGCAAUUCUCGGUUUCUUUCGGCGGAACGGUGUCCUGUCGGUGCUGCCACAUGGUGCGUUGUUUGCGGGUGUCUAGCGAGUAUAAGGGUGGGCCGGGGUGAUAGUACCGACUCGGUUGCUUUCGGACGAGUUCGCAAGUCAUCGCCAACGUCUCGCGUCGGGGCUUCCACAUGGGUUGGUAUUGGCUCCCGGGGCGCAAGGUGGUUCGUGUGCGGUGGGGCUCCAACUGCGAAAACGACGCGACGGUUUGGCUCGGCACAACACCCCCAAAACGGGCAGCGUCGCUACCUAAGGAGGGUUAGUCCGUCGUUUGGACCGGUGUGCGAGAUGUCCUGGGAGUGCCCCCAUGAGAAUCCCUUUUCUACUGACGAUUGGGGACCGGUCUUGUGAACCUUGUGCUAAAUUGUUUUUAUCAUUAAAAUUUUUCUCCAAUUUCGGUUGGAAGCAAGUGUUACAUCAAUUUUUAACAACGUGUGCUUUUUUAAAAUGUAUUUUCCAUGUGUGAUGUUUCACUUCUGAUAUGAGAAAAGCAGAACCCUGAAAUAAGAGGGGGUGACUUCCUCGUGAAAUAUGCCGGGUUGCGUGUGCGUUUCGAAAUAGUGAAAUAAAAACGUAUGUCUACAGUGGUGAUGUCGUCGUACCGGUGCUAGACUCCGGUAGUGUGUCUUCGGCAAGGUGGGCGCUACCGUUUAAAAGGGUAGUAGUCAAUGACCUCGGUCUUGCUCUACAUGUGUGGUGUAUUGCAGAACGCAUAGAGUUGUGUUUACUAAUUUGUGAGUUUACGUUUUUCUUUUGUGACCCGGUGAAUGAUUCGAUACAAAUAGGGGAGGAUAUUCUUUUCAGGAUGAUACUUUUUGAAAUAAGGAGCCAAAGAAGAACGAGGAAACGAAAGUCUGAGAAGUUGUUGAAGUGGAAUAGCAGCAGGUUGAUGUUGCGGCCGGCAACAGAGAACAAGAAUAUCACUGUCGGUGUAUAGCGAGAGUUUGAUAGAGGAUAUAAAAGUGUGUUUAUAAAGUUUAGAACUUCGAAUUGGUGACUCGUGGCAGGCCACCCUGGUGGAUUGACAGUUGUUGAGGAUUAAUAAGGGGUGUUGCCUGGCCAUGCAGUAGUGUGUAUGACGCUGUGGUGCAGCAGUUACGACGUCGACGACAAUUACGACGUGGGGAUGUGCGACGCCAACUGCCAAAGAGGUCGAAGGGGGAUAGCUCUGAGUAAAUCGACUCGGUGCACCAAGUCGUGUUCACCGCAUAGGACGCCCGGGGUCCGGUAGCUCGUUCAUCGUCCUUAUUUCUCAUCGACGCCCGCGGGCAAUGUGCCCACCCGCCGAGAGCGCAACGGGUGGACAAGGCGUACGAUGUUCAGGGAUGCUUGGACGGAUGGCGGUGGGAAAGGAUGGCGGCGAUGUCGAUCUAGGUUGGGCGAAUUGUUGGUGGUGGCUACGGCCAUUUCCUGUUUCGUUACAAUGUUUCCGGGUGUCGCGGCUAAUCCGGACGCGAAACGCCUCUACGACGACCUGUUAUCGAAUUACAACCGUUGGAUUAGACCUGUUGGCAAUAAUAGUGAUCGUCUUACUGUCAAAAUGGGCCUCCGUCUCUCUCAGCUUAUCGAUGUUGACCUGAAGAAUCAGAUCAUGACAACGAACGUUUGGGUGGAGCAGGAGUGGAAUGAUUACAAACUCAAGUGGAAUCCGGACGACUAUGGCGGGGUUGAUACUCUUCACGUACCAGCAGAACAUAUAUGGCUGCCGGAUAUUGUUUUAUAUAACAACGCGGAUGGAAACUACGAGGUGACCAUAAUGACGAAGGCUAUCUUACAUCAUACUGGCAAAGUGGUAUGGAAGCCCCCGGCGAUCUACAAGUCAUUUUGCGAGAUCGACGUGGAAUACUUCCCCUUCGAUGAGCAGACUUGCUUUAUGAAAUUUGGCUCGUGGACGUACGAUGGGUACACGGUCGAUUUGAGGCAUCUUCUGCAAGCGGAAGAUACGAAUAACAUCGAUGUGGGAAUCGACCUGACGGAUUACUACAUCUCCGUGGAAUGGGACAUCUUACGUGUACCAGCUGUACGCAAUGAGAAAUUCUAUGUUUGCUGCGAAGAGCCGUAUCCGGAUGUCAUUUUUUACAUCACACUACGCCGUAAAACCCUUUUCUACACGGUGAAUCUAAUAAUACCAUGUGUGGGCAUAUCGUUCCUUUCGGUGUUGGUGUUUUAUUUGCCAAGUGACAGUGGUGAGAAAGUUUCCCUCUCAAUUUCUAUCCUUCUAUCAUUAACCGUGUUCUUUCUUCUCCUUGUGGAAAUCAUACCAUCCACAUCGCUCACGGUUCCAUUAUUAGGUAAAUAUCUCCUUUUUACAAUGGUAUUGGUGACGUUAUCAGUGGUAGUGACCAUAGCAGUGCUCAAUGUGAAUUUUCGCUCUCCAGUGACACACAGAAUGUCAAAGUGGGUGAAAGUUGUUUUCAUACAGGUAAUACCAAAAUUUUUAAUGAUGGAGAGGCCAAAAAGGGAUAAUGGCCAAAAUGAUAGCGAUGAGGAUGUGGACGAUGGUAAACCACCAGAGGUCAUACUCACCGAUGUGUUUCAUGUACAAGAGUCUGACGAAUAUGACACUUACUGUAGAAAGAGGUUCAUUGAAGAAGUGCCGGGAUUGCCACCAUCAGUUGCGAUCAGUGGUGUUGGACCAUGUUAUGACGAUCCCCUGCCGGCUUUGCCAUUGCCUGGUGCCGAAGACGAUUUAUUCGGUCCAUCCAGUCCUGGUUAUGUUCACGAGGACGUCAGUCCUACAUUUGAAAAGCCACUGCUUAGGGAGGUUGAAAAAACGGUCGACGAUGCCAGGUUCAUUGCUCAACACGCCAAAAAUAAGGACAAAUUCGAAAGCGUCGUAGAAGAUUGGAAGUACGUCGCUAUGGUCCUUGACAGAAUCUUUCUUUGGAUCUUCACGUUAGCAUGUAUCAUUGGAACAGCAUUAAUCAUUCUUCAGGCGCCGUGCCUCUACGAUAACACAAAGCCGAUUGAUAUAAAGUACAGUAAGAUCGCAAAAAAGAAGAUGAUGUUGAUGAACAUGGGUCCCGAAGAGGACUAGUUGACAAUUUUGCGCUACAUGCGCGCUACGAUCAUCACACGAUUGGAGGUAUCGGCCUUAUAUCUAUAGUCGUUGCUUCUUCACAGAUAAACGCUGAACAAUGAAAGGAAAAGAAAAGAAAAAAAUUUUUUUUUACAAGUUCCUUCAAAAAAAAAAAAAAAAAAAAACAGCGUCGCGACAACGACGAACAAGUAAUAAUUGAAAAUUAAAGCGAUUGCGGCAUCAAAAUGCGAUACGCGCCACUUCCGCUUUUUGGCAAAAAAAAAAAAUAAAUAAAAAUCGUAUAGAAAAUAAUAAUAAUACACACACGUACCAUAUUAUAAAUUUGUCACUUCGAAACAAAAAAGAAGAGAAACAUCAAUUCUCGUGUGCCACCGACAUUUUUUUUCUAUUUUUUAUUAUUAUUAUUAUUGUUGAUGUUGUUGUUGCCUCGAGUGGCUAAAAAAAGUGCGUGGGAUAAUCUGCCAAUGUCAGGGAAACAAACCCCCGGUGCCAAAUUCAAGUCAGGAGAGCCAAAAAAAAAAAAAUAAAAAAAAUAAUAAUAACGCUUAGAAGCGGAGAGACUAAAGUGCCAAAUACCGCAAACCGCGAACCGUAUUUUUGUAAAUCUGGUUUCAUACGUAAGGCUAGAGUCGAGCGGCGAGACGUCGAAAUCCGAACUGCCGAUUUUAUAAGAAAAAAAAAAUUUAAAAAGAGACUCAUUUUCACAUUUACACUCAUCCAUAUAUUUACACAGAGGUACACACACGAUUGAGUAUAUAUAUAUAUACAUAAAUAUAUAGAUCAUCUGUAUAUGUAUAUGUAUGAAAGCAAUCGAAAAGGGAAACGUUAUUCGCUUAAAAAAAACAAAAACCAACUGCCAAUCUCAAAAGCGGCCUGUAGCUCUUAACUAGCCGAGCCUGGACGAGAGAAAAGAAAAAUUAAUGUGAGUAAAAAAAGAAAAAUUAUAUUUAGGAGUUGGAUAAAAAAAACAUGGUGAUAGAAAAGAUUGUUAUUAUUAUUAUUAUUCUCAAAAGUGAUAAGUAUUAUUAUUAAAGUAGAAUAUGGGGAAGAGACAUUUUUUUUUCAAUUCCAAAUAAUAGGGGAGGAGGGGGUUGUUUUAUUUUUCUUCAAUUGAGCUGUCGGAUCAAAAAAGGGCACAUAACCCAUUUGAAUUACAUUAGUUAUGUGUCCUUCUUUGAUUCGGCAAUUCAUUGAGUCGAGGAGAGUCGGUGCCAAAUUUUUAACUUCGAGGCCGAUGGGCGUCGUGCGUCAAUGUGCCAAAAUCAUAUGGGAAGCUUGAGAUUUUCUCAGUUAUCUGACAGAACUUUAUUAUAUACCGAAUCUGUUAAAGAAAAAAGAGGGUGAAAAAUAUUCCCAUCUCACAUUUAAGUAAACUUCGAUAUCGUCCUAUGGAGAUCCAUUUUUAAAAGGUCGUCUCGACGCGUAAAAUUGAUUUUUUGAAAAAAAAAAAAGAAAUUUGAUUAAAAAUCCUUUUUCUAAAUUAAUAAUAAUAUUCCUAAUUACAAAUUUUAUUGCAAAGUAUAAUUCGUUUCAAAUUUGAUUAUUUAUAAUAAAUUCAUUUUUGAAAAUUUUAUUCAUUUCUGAAUGGCACAUUUUUUUUUUUAAAUAUAUAUAUUGAAGAAUUUCAUUCAAAUUUUUAUUUAGGUUAAUGGAUUUUUAAAAUUUAAACUUUUUAUAGCUCAAUUGAAAAUGUUUCACUUGAAUGUGAAAAAAAUGAAGUUUCUCGAGUUUAAAUAAAAUUCAAAAUUAAUAGAAAGAGAAUUUAUAAUGAAUAUUGGAAAAAAAAGAGGAGAAAAAUUUUUUUUUUUUUUUUUUUUUUAUUAUAAAUAAAGUAAUUUUUAUUUUGCAAAAAAAAGUGUCGAAAGUAGUGAAAUUCGAAAUGUACGAUGAAAUACUUAUGGAAAAAGGCACGUCAUGCAAAAGAGAAAUCAUGACCAAUUUCAAGAUUCGCAUUUUUCAUUCAAAAUUUGAUUUCUUAUUCGCAUGCUAGUCGCAGACAUUUCCUCUGAUACUAAAUUCUAACUUGCAAACAACAAAAAUGCCCAUGAAAAAGAAUUUCAAUUUUUAUAUUGUUUUUAUAACUUUGUGAAAAAAUUGUUAUUUUAAUCAAGUGAUAUAUUUUAUCAAAUAAAUCAUUAAAUUAAAUACAUAAUAGAGAGAUAAAAAAAAAUUUAGCACCCGCAUAAAAAAAAUCUACUUAAAAAAAUAUUUUUAAAAAAGCAAUGAUCACAUUUCUUAUUAUAAUUACAUAAUCCGCAAUUAUUUUAGUCAUUAAUGAUGCGCAAAUUUGAUAAUUUUGCUAUAAACAUUAUUUUGAGAAAGAAGAAUUUACGCGAAAAAAAGUAUUUAUUAUAUAAUAUAAAAAACAUUGAAGAAAUUAUAUAUAUAUAUAUAUAUAAAUAUACGAAAGGAAACUUAAUUCGAAAAAAAUAACAGUUCAUAGUAACUGAAAUGUAUUUAUUUAGUGAUUGGGUCGCAAAAUUGAAGGGUUUUUCGUUGACAGAUGAAUCGAUCUUGCUUGACAAGGGUGGAUGUCCUCUGUAUCGAUGAUAUCGAAGAGAAAUAACAAGAGAACUAAUCGCCGGUGGAAAUGUAUAGCAUUCCAAGUGUUGAUACUCGGCCAACACGCGCAUCGAUCGCUCGAAAUGAACACAGAAGAAUGAAAUAAUAAAAAAAAAAAAGAAAAAAAGAGAGAGAGACAAUGAAACGGAAAAAGCGAAGAAACCAAAAGAAAGAUUGCGAUGAGAGUUGAAUGAAACACAUAUACGCACACAUUAAUACAUCCAUACACAUACAAAAAAAACAGUACAUGUACUUUAUAUAACAAAAAAAAAAAAAAAUUAAA